UAUACAAAGGUUUCAUCUAGAAUGCUCUCUGUAUUAUAUGAAUUGUGAUGACUUAUAUGGAUGCAUAAAUAGAUGGGUUGCUGCUGCUGUCAGCCAUAAUGUUCAGGAACUUCAUAUUGAGGCUAAACCUGAUGAGGAUUUUGAGAUUCCUCUUUGUCUCUAUACAUGUAAGUCGUUGACAAAGCUGGAUCUGGAAUUGUUUGGUUUUCAAGAGGGUGAUAUGGACGUCUGUAUCUCCAAGAUUAUUUUACCUCAUUGUAUGAGUUUGCCUCGGCUCAAAUCACUUCAUCUAAGACUGUCAUAUGUAUUAUUUACUGAUGAGAAAUUAACGAGGAAGUUCUUUUCAAGUUUUCCUAAUCUAGAGUCGUUGGUAAUAGCUUAUUGGGGACCAGAUGAAGGUGGCUUUCUUGAUAUGAAUCUUAAAAUUUCUUUGCCUCAACUCAAGCAUUUUGAAUUCAAUAAUCCGGAGGAAGAAUGCAAUUGUGAGGUUACACUGCAUGCUCCAAGUCUGUCAUCCUUCAUUUUCAACAGUCACUUGUCAACAAGUUUCACUCUAGAGAAUCUUUCAUCUCUAGUCACUGCUGAUGUUGAGAUUAAUGUCAAUUGGAAAGAUGAAAUGCCAAAUAGUUGUGCCCAACGUCUUAUGAGAUUUUUCAGAGGGCUUUAUAAAGUGAAAAUCUUAGCAUUAAGGCAUUCUUUCAUCAAGGCUUUAGGUGGAGCUCUUGUUAUAUUAGACACUCAGCUGCUCGAAUUUUAUAAUUUACGAUGUUUGGAGCUACGGACCUACCUCUCGAAGUACUGCCUGCGUUCUAUCUUCUAUGUACUAAAGAAUUCUCCUAAUUUAGAAUCUGUUUCCCUGCAGAUACCACAGGAAUGUUACUACGACCCUCAAGAGUAUCCACAUUUUGACGAGGUAAAGAUUAAUCAUGAAAACGUAGAAGACUACUGGUACGCAGGGUUGUCUUCGCAAUGCAUGAUACGUCACCUGAAGUUUGUUGAGAUUGAUGGUCUUCGUGGAUGUAUUUAUGAACUGAAGUUUCUGGAGAUUCUGUUGAAACAUGCGACGGUUUUGGAGAAAGUGGUACUUGCCUAUCAUUCUACUAAGAAAGACUGGUUGAGGGAGAAACGGAUGAAGAAAUUCAACGAGAUGCUGCUAACGUUUCCAAGGGCCUCUAAAAAUAUCAAUUUCUUGUUUAAAUUCAGCAAGGUGACUUUGCCUAGUAGUUUUUGGUAGCUAGUUUAUAGAUAAUGAAUAAUGAAACUGGAGAUGGACCUCCAAUCUUACACUUGUUACGGUUCAAUGUUUUUGCCCCGUGAAAAUUUAUUGAUAAUUACAUGUAUCUCAGAUGUUCUGAUUUCUUGAAAAGUCGUAGAGAACUUCUGAAAAGCGGGUUGUGUUGGACCAGAGAGUCAGUUGUAGAGUUCACUGGAUUCAGAAAGCAUCUAUUGUAGUUGAGAAGGAAGAUUGUCUUAUUGACACUUCUGAAACAACUUAGCAUGUUUUAUGUUUAUAGAUUGUGUGAACUGAGAUACUGUAUCAUGCAUCCAACACCAGCUCUGUCUGACAGAAAGUUCAAAUCAAAGAACUUGGAGCAAGUAGUGAUGCAUUUUAGUUGCAGAUUUUGUCAUAGGUGAUCAUCUCUCUAGACCUCCAAGUUGUCUUGUAAGACCAUAUUCUAGUCGAAAGAACUGUGGC